AUGAGCAAGGGUUUUAAGAAGGUUCAGAAAGCUGUGACAGUUGCCUUCAGGAGGUCUUUAGAGGAUUUAAAACAAGAGUUUGAGGAGACAUUAGUGGAAAGAUCAGGAGAGGUGAACCACACCUUAGAGCGCAUCCAGCAGUUUGUUACAGAGUUGGAAGAGCUGUCUGAUGUCUCCCACGUUAAUAAAUACAUCAGGGAGGUACGCAAGCUGGAGGGACGAUUAGAGAAGGUGUCCACUCUUGUUACCUGGGUCAACCAAGAGGAAUCUCUUUUCAAGUUUCAGCUCUCCUCUUUUCCUCUUCUAGCUGAGCUUAAGGUAAUGAAGAAGGUUUUUUAUUGAAUAAUUAGCCUGGAGGGUUAGUAAUCCAGGAUAACCCGGUAAAUCCACGUCAAC